GACUCUUUGAGGAAAAGCUGUUUGUGCUCGGAGUUCAUGGCCAAAUGUAGAGUGGUGGUGGCCGAGGACAAGCUGUUCAGAGGCACCAUGUCAGCCUCGCAGGGGAUGAACCGCACCAGCGUCUACAGCUACUUCCUGAACAUGGUGGCCUAUCAGAUAUGUUGCUGCUGUGGACCGGCCCCCUGUUCACUCUGCUGUGCCUUCUGUCCUCCGGUCAAAUCAUCCACCAGCACACGGGUCAUGUACACGCUCUUCCACAUCAUGAGCUGUGCCGUCUCCUGCCUCAUGCUGUCCCGCACCGUCUCCGAGCUCGUCAGGGAAAAUGGUACAAGAAGAGGUUUCAGCAGAGCUCAGAGUCUGACUCCAGACAGGCACCAGUACAAGCAUCUGAGUGGGUUGACGGGAGCAGCAGAAAACAAACGCUGGUACCUGGCGGUGAUGUGUGCCACCCUCUUCUUCUACACCAUCGCCACCAUGGCCUUCACCUUCAUGUACAAAUAUUACACACACCCCAUCGCCUGCCACUUCAACAAAGUCCUGCUGUGGACCAACCUGGGACUCUGCGGCCUCAUGUCCUUCAUCGCCGUCACUCCGUGCGUCAAGCAAAAGCAGCCUCGGUCCGGGCUCCUUCAGGCCUCCAUCAUCAGCUGCUACGUCAUGUACCUGACUUUCUCUGCGCUGUCCAGCCGUCCACCAGAGAAAGUGGUGUAUCAGGGCAUGAACAUGACCGUUUGUUACCCAAAUGUGGGACAAGACGAGAUCCAGAACGAAGGCAACGCUGUCGCCAUCAUCGGGGCUGCCAUCAUGUACUGUUGUGUCCUCUUUGCAUGUAACGAAGCCUCCUACUUGGCAGAGGUGUUUGGUCCAUUUUGGAUGAUCAAAGUUUAUCGCUAUGAGUUCCAGAAAGCAACCUGCUGUUUCUGCUGUCCUGAAGAAGAUGAAGCUGAAGAGGAGUUUGUGGUUGAUGAUGAAGACAAAGGCAGUCAGAAGGUCAUCCACAAUGAGACCCAGAGGGUGGCGUACAGCUACUUCUUCUUUCAUUUUGUCUUCUUCUUGGCCUCGCUGUAUGUCAUGAUGACCCUCACUAACUGGUUCAGCUAUGAGUCAGCAGUGUUGGAGACCACCUUCACACACGGCUGCUGGUCUACCUUCUGGGUGAAGAUGUCAUCCUGCUGGGCCUGUGUGAUCCUGUACCUCUGGCUGCUGCUCGGCCCUCUGUGCAGCUGUCAGAACGAGUCCAGACCUCGGCGUUCCCGCAUCAAACGUCGCCCAGCAUCCUGCCGACAUGUCAGCGUCAGUGUUUGA